CUUUCUUAUCCCAUUGCCACUCCAGCAACAUUGGUUUUCCCGUAUUGAUUCUUAUCUUCCCGGAAGCAGCGAAAGAUGGAUCGCCCCAGCGACGAUGAAAAGAACCUCGAGAAUGGGAACUGCGUGACUGGAUGUGAUUCCGCUCCCGCGGCAUCGUCGUUCAAGCAGCUGUCAUUCCUCGACCGCUUCCUGGCCAUAUGGAUUUUUCUUGCCAUGGCCAUCGGCAUCAUCCUCGGUUACUUCGUCCCUGAAACUAGUCCCGCGCUGCAGCGCGGAAAGUUCGUCGAUGUCUCCAUCCCUAUCGCCGUCGGUCUUUUGAUCAUGAUGUACCCCAUCCUCGUCAAAGUGCGCUACGAGAUGCUUCCCAGGCUCCUUCGCCUCCGCGAGCUCUGGAUCCAAAUCUUCUUCUCGGUGAUCGCCAACUGGGUGAUAGCGCCGCUCUUCAUGCUCGCGCUCUCCUGGGCCUUCCUCCCGGACCGCCCCGAGCUCCGCGAGGGUCUCAUCCUCGUCGGUGUAGCCCGAUGCAUCGCCAUGGUGCUGAUCUGGACCGACCUCGCCGGCGGCGACGGCGAAUACUGUGCCAUGCUUGUGGCGUUCAACAGCAUGCUCCAGAUCGUCCUCUUCGCUCCGCUCGCGGUCUUUUACAUCCGUGUUGUUUCCCGCUCUUCUUCAUCCGUCGACAUCAGCUACGAAGUCGUUGCCAAGUCGGUCGCCGUGUUCCUCGGGAUCCCCUUGGCUGCCGCCGUCGUCACCCGCUUCGUCGUGCUGUUCGGAAUCUUCAAGGGCGACAUCGACCGCUGGAACAAGAACUUUGUCCGCUGGAUCGCGCCCUGGUCGCUCAUCGGACUGCUGUUCACGAUUCUCGUUCUGUUUGCCAGUCAGUCCCGCAACGUCGUGGGCAAGAUCACCUCCGUCCUCCGGGUUUGCGCGCCGUUGGUCGUCUACUUCCUCAUGAUCUUUGCGGCCUCCGUCUGGGCAUGUAGGUUGCUCGGUCAUGGAGGGAAGCGCGCCCGCUGGGGUUACGAAAAGACCGCCACUCAGAGUUUGACCGCUGCGAGUAACAACUUUGAGCUUGCCAUUGCUGUUGCCGUGGCGUGCUAUGGUGCUGGGAGCGAGCAGGCCCUCGCUGCAACCGUUGGUCCGCUGGUUGAGGUGCCGGUGCUGUUGGCUCUUGUCGAGGCCCUGAAGUGGUUGAAGCCAAGGAUGAAGUGGGAGGAUGACGAGUAGGUGUAUCAUGGAAACGUAGGAUGAUAGAGGUGAUUUAUGGAUGGAUGGAUGUGGUCUCAAUAAUAUUGCUUUUUGUUUCUUGGGGCUUGUGUGUAUAUACCAUAUCGAGCUGUGUACUAAAGUCAAAAGCAUUAUGGCAGCUAUACAUGGG